CUGGUAUCCGGAAACUCUCUCUCUCUCUCAUUGCUUGUUGGCAUCCGAAGCUAAGGCAGUAGACCAACUGACUGGGUCCAAUCGCAUUACACACUUUGAAGAGCAGAAACGUAUUCGCUCAUCAUGCCUGGCGCUGGAUCAAGAGGCAUUAGCCUCCUAGUAUGGAUUGUUGUCUUUACCGUUGCCGAUGCUUCGUUUUUGUGUCUACGAGCAUGGUCAGCGAGGGUGAUGAGAAGAUCCUUCUACUGGGAUGAUGGAAUGAUCAUCUUUGCAUUUGCCAACAUCGUUGCGCUAGAAGGUGUUGUCAUCUGGGCCAUUUACAAUGGCUUGGGCAAACACACUAAUGAGUUGACUUUGGACGAGUAUGCUGUUCAAUUCAAGCUCAUUCUAGCUAGUGGUGUCACAUGGCUUCUAGGAACCGUCUUCAUCAAGAUGGCCAUCCUUUGGCUAUACACCAGAAUCUUUUCAACGGCAAAGUUCAAGCGCUGGUCGCACAUCCUCAUGGGAGUGACGGGCGCCUACGGUGUCGCAUUCCUCAUUCUGUUCAUGAGCAGAUGUACGCCCAUGUCGCAGCAGUGGGCACCGGUCGAAGGUGGUCAUUGCCGCGACAUCACCGUCGACCAGCUCGUCUCGGUAACCAUCAACAUUGUCGUCGACAUUGCCAUGACCGCACUGCCGAUGCCGGCGCUAUGGGGUCUCCAGAUGCCCCUUAGGAACAAGAUUGCCGUCAGCGCCAUGUUUGGCAUGGGUUUUGCAACAAUCGCAAUCAUGAUUUGGCGUCUCGUCAACACAGUCACCACCAUCGGCGACCUCGACUUCGUCUACAACCUCCACGACAUCGGCCUCGUCAGUCUUCUCGAGCUCUGGAUCGGCAUCAUCAUCGCCUGCCUGCCGACCCUUGGGCCCCUCUUCAAGACCUAUGUCAAGCCGGCUGUCUCCAAGUUCGGCUCCAAGCUCACGAACCCUUCGACGGACAAGGGCGGUCAGAUCAACCUCAAGGACCUGACGAGCAGCAGCGGCGGCCACAGCAUCCGCCACCCGCGUCGGACGUACGACAAGCUGGGCGAUAAUACCUCCGUUGUGGACCUUGAGCGCGCCGAGCUGACGACAAAGUGCCAGUUCUCCCCGGGAGCCGAGGCGCCCAGGGGCAGCAGGCCGGUCAUCUACGUUCAUCAGGACAUUGCGUCGCAGGAGACUUGGAAGCGAGGGGCGCAGGCUUAGGCCAGGGACGGGGGGCAUGGAAGGGAACGGGGAGUUACGGCCGAUGAAUGAAAUUUAUUCGAGAUAUGAGAUAUGUACACUUCUUGACGCACCAUUUUACCUUGUAACUAUAUAGUGUUUUCAUUUGUCUUCACUUGUCACAAAACUUCCUCAUGAAUCACCGAAGGAAACAUUCAAACAUCCACAUU